UUAGACUUAGAAAUCAAUUAAGCAACCUGAUUAGGAACACAAUUAAUUGAUGUUGAUUCACUACCUAGAAAAUGAACAAUGUCUUAAGCUUGUAGGCAAAGAACUCCCAACACCAUUACUCUAAAUAUCCUUCACUUCUCACUUCGGCUUAUCCAUCACCACACCAAAAGCUUCGAUCUACAAUACCGACCUCUAAUUUAAGUAUUUAAACAGCGGAAUUAACCUAAUUUGUCUGGGUCAUUACAAUGGAGGCCCAAAAGGCCCAUGUUCUUGUGGUUCCGUAUCCAAGUCAAGGCCGCAUGAACCCAAUGUUUCAAUUCUCCAAAUGGUUGGCUUCCAAAGGUAUCAAACCCACCUUAGCCCCAACUCUUUGCUUCUCCAAGUUAAUGGACACGACCGCCAUUUCAACCCAUUACGGUCUACCAAUUAAAGUACGACCCUUUUCCGAUGGGUACGACGAUGGGGGUUUUAUCCAGGCCGGGUCCAUUCCAGCCUACUUGGAUAGCUUGAAAGUCAAUGGCCCAAAAACCCUGGCCCAACUCAUUGAGAAGCUAACUGAGGAAGGGGAUCCCGUUAAAGCAAUCAUAUAUGAUGGGUUUUUGCCUUGGGCCUUGGAUGUGGCUAAGAAGUUUGGGCUUCUUGGGGUGUUGUUCUUCCCUGAGUCUUGUUCAGUCAACAGCAUAUAUUACCAUGUUCAACGUGGGCUGAUCAAGGUCCCUCUUAUGGGCCCUGGUCCAAGCACGGUCUCGGUUCCCGGGGUUCCGGAGCUCCAGCCAUGGGAGACUCCGUCGUUCGUGUACAACGGGUCGUACCCGGAAUGGUUUGCUUGGGUGUUGAGGCAGUUUUCUGAUAUUGAUCAAGUGGAUUGGGUGCUCUGUAGUAUUUUCUAUGAGAUGGAGAAAGAGGUGGUUGAUUGGAUGAGUACAAUGUGGAAAGUAGGAACUGUAGGACCAACAAUUCCAUCAUACUAUCUUGACAAAAGACUAGAAGAUGACAAAGACUACACCUUCAAUCGGUUUAAGCCAACCACAUCCGUAACCAAGAACUGGCUAGACACCAACCCGAAAAACUCCGUCAUCUACAUGUCCUUCGGAAGCUUAGCCAAGCUCUCCGAACCACAGUUCGAAGAGCUAGCAUGGGGCUUAAGAAACACCCACAAGAACUUCUUAUGGGUGGUACGUGAAUCAGAGCAAGCUAAACUUCCAAAACAGUUCAUAGAAGAAACUUCGGGCCAGGGCCUCGUGGUUGGAUGGACCUCCCAGCUGGAGGUCUUGUCCCACGAGGCUACAGGGUGUUUCGUGACACAUUGUGGGUUUAACUCUGUCCUUGAAGCGUUGUCGCUUGGAGUGCCGAUUGUGGGAGUCCCGCAGUGGUUUGAUCAAGGGACUAAUGCCAAGUUUGCGGAGGACGUUUGGAGAGUUGGUAUCAGAGCCAAGGUCGAUGAUAAGGGGAUUGUGGGAAGAGAGAGUUUGGAGGAAUGUAUAAGGGAAGUUAUGGAGGGUGAGAAGAGGGAAGAGUUGAGGAAGAAUGCCGAUAAAUGGAAGAGAUUGGCUAAUGAAGCUAUGGAUGAAGGUGGAAGUUCUGAUAAGAAUAUUGAUGAGUUUGUGUCUUUUUUAGUUGGAUGUUAGUUCCUGGUGUUUCUCUCUAUGUAUUUACUACCUUCGUUUAUGAAUACUCGCAACACUUGUGUUAGCGCAUAGUUUUAUAAAUGGUUUUGUAUAAUGCAUAAAAAUGAAUAAACUAAUAUACAAAUGGAGUUAAUGAUGGUA